AUGCACAUAGAUGACGGAAAGACACUGUGGGAUGCGUUGAAUGCAAAAUUCGGUGCCACAAAUGCAGGCAGUGAACUGUACAUCAUGGAGAGUUUCCAUGACUACAAGAUGGUGAAUAACCAUUCUAUGGUUGAACAAGCUCACGAGACACUGUGCACUGUGAAGGAACUUGAACUCCUUAAGUGUGCUCUACCCGACAAAUUCGUGGCUGGGUGCAUGAAUGCAAAGUUGCCUCAUUUAGGGAGGAAUUUCGCCACAACUCUGAAACAUAAGAGACAUGACAUAUCAGUUGAAAAUCUGAUUGCAUCUCUUGAUGUUGAAGAAAAAGCUCGCGCUAAAGACACUACUGAGACGGGAGGUGAGGUUCAGCCUACCGCCAAUAUGGUGCAGAGGUACCCACAUAACAAGAACAAAGGGACGAACAAACCUGUUUUCAACAAGCCUACCAAGACUACUACCUUCAAAAAGAAGAAGUUUAACAAGGUUGAGCUAGACUGCUACGCCUGUGGGAAGCCCAGGCACCUUUCCGCGGAAUGCCCUGAACGUGCAGACCACAAAGGGGAAACGAGCUCCAAGACUGUCAACAUGGUGACCGCAAGCAAUACUGAUGGGUAUGGUAAUUUACCUAUUGUGCUUUCAGUCGCAAGUGAUUCUUCCGUCCUAAUGGGGAAUGGGUCACAUGCUCUGUUCGUGGCAUUGGCACGGUGGAUCUGA